AUAAUGAAUAAAAUUUCAAUACUCAUAAUAACAUCGACCAAUAUGGCGAAUGUGAGAGACAGUGAUACGUCGUUGUGGCUUCAUAACAAAUUAGGAACGUCAAAUGACAGUUGGACUGGAAGUUCAAUUUGUUCACAAUUAAAUACUGAAGUACUUAGAAAUAUCAAGGAUUGUUUUCCAGAUUUACAAACACAAGUUAAACUUAAAUUACUUUUAUCAUUUUUUCACAUACCAAGACGCAAUGUUGAGGAGUGGCGUACAGAAUUGGAAGAAAUUAUUGAAGUGGCAUCGUUGGACAGUGAAUUAUGGGUAUCAAUGUUAUCGGAAGCGAUGAAAACAUUUCCAUCAACUGGCUCAUUAAAUACAGACAUAACAGAUCUUGAUGAACAUCGUCCAAUAUUUGGUGAUCUUGUUAAUGAUUUAAAAAAAUUAUUAAAAAAACAAAAUGAUUCAGCAAUGUUACCACUUGAAUGUCAUUGUUUAAAUAAAACAGCUUUAAUAUCAGUUGUUGGUCAACAACCAACACCAACACGUCAUUUUGUAUUAAAACGAAAGCCAAAAAGUGCAUCAUUAAGAGCUGAGCUAUUACAAAAAAGUGCUGAUGCUGCAAAUAAUAUUAAAAAAAGUACAGCACCAACAGUACCAAUUAGAAGUCGUGGUAUGCCAAGAAAAAUGACUGAUACAACACCAUUAAGAGGUAUACCAAGUAGAACACCAACAAGUGGUUUUCGUUCAUCAACAUCAACACCAUUAUAUAAUAAUAGAACACCAAUUACAAAUAGACCACGUAAAGAUGGUGGUGGUAUUAAAUUAUUGGAUAUAACUGAACAACCAUUGGGUUAUGCACAAGCUAAAAAACGUAAACGUAUGCUUGAAUUAGAAGAACAACAAAAGAAAGUUGCUGAGGCGCAAGCGGCAGCAGCAGCAACAACUGCAACAAGUCCAGUACAAGUUGAAACAUCAACAACACCAGAAUAUGCACAAGGACUUGCACCUAUUGUUACACCAGCUACAGCAACUGUUGCUGUUACACCUACAACAAUAACAUCAACAACUACAACAGCAACAGCAGCAGCAUCAACAGCAUCAUCAUCAAUAACAACAGUUAUAUCAUCAACAGCAACGAUAACAACAGCACCUCCACAAACAUACACAGCUACAGCGACGAUUGUUAAUAAUUCAGUAUCAACAAUACCAGCAACUCCUACUGCAGCAGCAACUACAAUAAACAAUUCACCAAGUACAAGUAUGGCAACACCAACAACACCUGAACUUAAGAAAAUUGAUCCAGUUAAUGUACAGACAAUCAAGCCAACACAAACAGUUACGCAAAUUCGUAUUCAAACAAAUCCACCACCUGCAAAUGCGUCAGCAGCAACAAGAAAAGGACUUUCUCUUACGCGAGAACAAAUGUUGGAAGCUCAAGAAAUGUUUAGAACAGCAAAUAAAGUUACAAGACCAGAGAAAGCAUUGAUUCUUGGUUUUAUGGCUGGUGCACGUGAAAAUCCAUGUCCAAAAUUAGGAAAUAUUGUAACAAUAAUGUUAUCUGAAAAUAUUGAAGAAGUUGUGCAACAAGAUGGUACAACAAUGUCAAUGCUUGUUGAAUCACAUUUUCAAAUGAAUUAUACCAAUGGUGAAUGGAAGAGAAUUAAAAAAAAUAGACGGAUUGUUACUGAUGAAAAUGCUACGACAAACUCGCUAGUGCCUUCUGCAACAACUGCAACUGCUUCCAAUUGAUAAAUUGACAGGCGCUAAUUUUAAAUUAUCAGCGGUUAAUUUACGUCAUGUAAUAUUCAUGUAAUUUCAUUGACAAGACAAAAUUAUUAUAUUUAAUAAAAUAUAAAUAUUUAGUUCAUUUAUUAUACAUAAUAAAAAAAUUAAAAUUAUCAGAUUAAUUAUAUCUAGGUAUGACUAAUUUACGAUUUAAACAAAAAAAUUUAUUAAAUAAAAAUUAUAAAUUUACAAAUUAAGAAAUGUUUAUUAGUUAUUAUUAAAUUCGGACAGAAGAGUCUUUCGAAUUUCUGUUUGCCUGUAAGCCAAA